AUGAAGGAAGAUCUCAAUAGCUAUUUCUGUCCGUCUUCUGACGAUGGCCUACCACCCGAUGUUCUGGGUGAGCUCGAGUCUACAUUGCGGCUGCACUCCAUCUCCCCGCAGGAAUUGUUCUAUAAAUGGGAAUCCUACAGCCUUAAGAUGGGAUCUGAGGAGACGAAACUCGAUCUCGACACUGUACGCAUGUUCAAGAAGGAUGUGCAGGAUGGUCUGGAGCGAGAGAACCGAGGAAAGCAUGCUCCACGCACCGAUCGACGGAAUGGCGCAGCAGCAACUCCUCGAGCUGCUGCCUCGGGUGAUGUGUUUGGGAUGCUCGACGAGAUCACGCCGAAUAAGCUGCCGCGCAGGACCGCCAUCAAUGCGAAUGGUGGAAAACGAAAAGGAAAUUUUGACAUACCAGCCCCAAGAAAAGUCAGCAGACCAGAAACCAAUGGUGGCCCCGGAGCUUUCAACGCUUCGAGUAGAGGCGAUGUUCAGGAGGGAUUCAAGCCUGUUGCUUUCGUGGAAAGACAAAAUCCUGGACUGGUGGUGGAGACAUUAAAUGAGCACUUGCCUAGGGCCGGAGCACCAAUUGCUCCCUUUGCCGAAUCACGGAUCAAGUUCACUUCAAACACAGACGUGAAGAAGUUUGCAUACAGGCCCAUGGCGAUGCGCCUCUCGGAAUCCUCUGAAAUCCUCGACGAACGAAUUGAUGAGUUUACUAGUAUAGUUCAGAAGGCCCAUAAUCUCGAAGAUGCCGCAUUUGGCAAUGCAGCUUGCCAGAGCACAAGUGAGAUUGUGGCAGUUGGCCGGAUUGCGUCUGACACCCCAGAGUCAAAACUUGUGGCCGCAUCGCUCGUCCUUGAGACAUCAAGACGGAUGGGGGCUGGACGACGUGUACCACUGAAGCUUAACUCUUCAAUCUCUUUCCGGUUCUUCCCAGGCCAGAUCGUCGCUCUUCGCGGUCAAAAUGCCUCGGGCGAAGACUUCGUCGUUUCGGAGAUCCUGGCCAUUCCGUUCCUUCCAGACCCAAGAUCUGCACCAACUGCGAUAGAAGCAAGCAAUGAAAGACUUGGCGAUACGGCUGAAUCAUCUCCUCUCAACGUCAUCUUUGGCGCAGGUCCGUACUGCGCGGACGAUAAUCUGGCAUUUGAGCCUCUGAAUGCCUUGUGCUCGAAAGCAGCAGAUGAUAGUGUUGAUGCCCUAGUUCUGAGUGGUCCGUUUCUAGACGUGGAGCAUCCUCUCCUCGCAUCUGGGACCUUCGAUCUACCUGACAUCAAAGGUCUUGACCUAGAUGCAACCAUGUCCACCCUCUUUCACCAUAUGAUCGCCGCUCCAUUACAACGGCUUUGCAACGCCAACCCUAACAUCAUAGUCGUUCUCAUUCCCAGCGUCCGUGACGCCGUCAGCAAGCACGUAUCUUGGCCACAAGAACAGCUGCCACGGAAGGAUCUAGGACUUCCGAAACAAGCGAGAAUGAUGACAAAUCCAUGCACCUUCUGGUUAAACGAAGUGGUAGUAGGAGUGUCAUCCCAAGAUGUUCUUGGAGAGCUUCGGAAAGAAGAAGUCAUUGGCGGUAGCAACCAGGAGGACAUGCUGUCACGACUGCCACGACAUUUGAUCGAGCAACGGCAUUACUUUCCCUUGUUUCCGCCGGUCGCCAGGGAAGAUCUGCCAAAGACAGGUACCGAAUCCGGGCUAGCAACCGGAGCGUGUCUGGACGUAGGUUAUCUGAAGUUGGGAGAGAUGUUGAAUGUAAGGCCUGACGUGUUGGUAACACCAAGCGUACUUCCUGCUUUCGCAAGGGUUGUGGAAGGUGUCACGGUCAUCAACCCUAGCACGCUUUCAAAACGUAGAGGCGCUGGAACAUACUCGCAGAUGUCGCUCCAACCACGGCUUUUGAGUGAAGACGAGAAGGGCGAGAAGAGCGUCCUGCACAAAGUGUAUGAUCGAGCCAGGGUGGAUGUAGUGAGGAUAUGA